AUGACAAGAUUGAAACAUAAUUGUGACAUUAAUUCAGAUGUUAUUCUUCAUCAAUUAGUUAUUUGGAUUGAUCCAAAUCUUCAACAAGAGAAUAAUACAAAUACAACUUACACAUUACUUCAUACAUAUUCACAUGUUGAUUUUUAUCCAUUCGAAGAUGUUGAUUCUGCAAUAUUUUAUCUCAUACGUAAACAUGAAUUUACACACGUUCAAAGUAUUUUAGCGAAUAAUUUAGCUGAUGAGAUUUUUGAAAUGCAAGAAAUAGUACGGGUUCAAACGGUAGUUUAUUUAACCAUAUCUGUUUUCAUAUUUGAUGCGGAUGAGCAAGAAGAAAUGGAUCGUUACAAUCAUUAUCUUCCAUAUUUACCAUGUCGUCAAAAAUGUUGGACCAAAGAUCGAUAUCAUUAUUUAAAAUGUCUAAUCAUGUCAAGAGAUGAACAUCUAUUACAGGAAUUUUCUUUUCAAACGAAUACACUUGGUUUUAACACUGGUAAUAUUAUUUGA